AUGGCGCUCGUCCCCAAAGUCCUCCCGUUGAUGAACCGCGUGCUGGUGAAGAAGGCCGAGCCCAUGGUGAAGUCCAAGCGAGGUGUCCUGAUCCCGGACGUCCGCCAGCGGGUCAACCGGGGGACCGUGGUGGCGGUGGGUCCCGGAACCACCAACGACACGGGCAAGUGCAUCCCGUGUUGUUUGAAGGUGGGGGACGUGGUGAUGCUGCCGGACUACGGCGGGACCAAGGUCCAGCAGGAGGACAAGCAGGAGUUGUACUUGUACAGGGAGCAAGAAAUCCUGGCGAAGAUAAACGAAUUGGACUGGCGACUGAAUUGGAAGAAGCAUGUAGAUGAUAAAGUAGAAAAGGCACGCUCGGCUCUUUGGCAAUGUCGUAGGGUGGUGGGAAGGUCGUGGGGUUUAAAUCCCAAGAUCGCCCUCUGGAUCUACACGGCAAUAGUCAGACCGAUGCUGUGCUAUGGAGCUUUAGUUUGGUGGCCCAGAGCCAGACAAAAAACAACAGCCCUGCAACUUGAACACGUUCAGAGAAUGGCGUGUCUCAGUGUUACAGGAGCAAUGAGGACCACUCCCACAGCGGCUCUGGAGACUCUCCUUUGCUUAGCACCUCUUAACCUUUACAUAGAGGAAGCGGCAAUGACGACGUCUCUAAGACUUCACUCUCUGGGAGUAUGGAACAAGCAAGGCCGCACAACGAAGCACACUCGGAUCUUAACGGAGGCGUUCAACAGAAUACCCUUGUUGAGGAUGGGUUGUGACCGAAUGGGCACAAAAUUAAUAUAUGAGAAGACAUAUAGAAUAUCAAUGAAUGAUAAUUCAGAAGGACGAGCCGACAUAGAUAUCUAUGUCGAUGGUGCCAAAACAGAUAGUGGUUCAGGAGCCGGCAUCUACUCCGAACAACUGAACGCACAAAUCAGUGUACCUCUCGGCACCCACACGUCUGUCUUACAAACAGAACUGAUGGGAAUAAUGCUGGGAGCUAGAAUCAUUGCUGAACGUGAAAUCGGCAACAAAUCAAUACGCAUACUUACUGACAGCAAGUCUGCACUACUAGCCCUGGACAGCUGUAUGGUUCGAUCCGGGCUGGUUUGGGAGUGCAGACAAACGCUAAAGUAUGUAACGCAGAGGAAUAGUGUGGAACUUUGUUGGAUCAAAGGACACAGUGGCAACGAAGGAAACGAGAGGGCAGAUGAGAUGGCGAAGCGAGCCGCGCGCAUGCCCUUCUGGGGACCCGAACCGGCAAUCACGCCUUCGGUCGCCCUCUCGAACGAACUCGUAAAGCAAUAUACCCAUAGACGCCAUGAGCAGAUAUGGGCGACGUUGAGCAGCUGUCGGCAUAGUAGAGCUUGGACAAACUGCGUAAACUGGUAGGAUUCCUUACGGGACAUUACCAGUUUAACAAACAUCUACAUACGAUAGGGGUAGUAACAGACCCAAUCUGUCGUGGAUGCAAUGAAGAAGAGGAAACA